AUGGACGACUCCCCUAUCUCGCCGAGCAUGGCAGCUACAAACGGAUAUGCGCCCCGGAGUCCCCAAUCCCCCAAGACACCUCGGCUAUCUGCCCCUCCAUCUCCGGUCACUCCGCGGCAGACUACAGCACAUCGAGGGUCAGAGGAUUUCUCCGUGGCGCAAAGUGGCGGAGGCGGUGGGGGGCUGGGGAAUCUGGCAGACGAACUAGCCGAUGCAUGGGAACAAGAAGAAGAGGGAUACGGAUAUGCAUCGGGCCAGGAGAAUGGUCGGACAGGGUCACACCAGGGCUACAGUGACGGGGAAGAUGCAUAUCUGCAGUCCGUCCGCGAUAUGCGCACCCGAUCCCCAUCGGCCGACCUCUCGCCGGAGCGUGCGAUGAGAACAAACCACCGCUCGGCUCACCUUCGCCAACAUCGGCGCCAGGAAUCAUAUUAUGAUGGCUCGGACUAUGGGAAUGAGUCGGAUCUGGACGAGACCUCGGAUAUUUCGCCCGGCCUCGACAGCCAGAUGGCCAGUAUCGAUAGUCUUGCCCGGCGGGGGAUUGAGAACAACGGCAGUGAUAACGACCUUGUCAUCCAACGGACGGUGGAAGCUCUCCGGGAUCUGGGCGGGCAGAGCGGAAUUGAGAACAGUGCCAUGAGACUGAUCACGGCACACUCCUCGAUUACCUCGCAUCUCACCCAUCAAACGCGCACGCUCCAGUCCCUCAUUCACCCACUCCUCUUCUCUCCAUUCCCAUUACUCUCCGAAGACGCCAUCGACGCCCUCAUGCCCCUGAUCGACGAGGGCCUACUCCCCAAUCUGCCCUACCCAUUCCCAGACCAACAUCAACAAGCCCGCCAUUCCUCAUCCAGACCAUCUACCCCUUCGCAAGCCACAACACUCAACCCACUCGUUUCUCUGCAGGCUCUCAUCUCCCAGACAGCAGAUAUUACCCACUCUCUGCGCAGCCUAAGCGAUACCCUCUAUGAAUCGCGCCAGCUGACUUCAACGGCCUCUCGUCGGCUGCGGUCAGCGCGGGAGCUCGUUGCUGAUCUGCGUCGUGAGGAAGAGGGUCGCGAAGAGGGCUCGCGUUGGAUCGAGCGCGGCGAGUGGGAUCGUCGUCUGAAAGAUCGCGAGGCGGGCAAGGUCUGCGGGGACGUCGUCAGUGGCUUUGAGGCCGUGUGUGGUGAGUGGAGGGAGAAGCUGUUCGGCGCCGCCGAAGUCGCGGCUGCUUGA